CUCUCGAUCUGUUACAUAAAAAUCGUAAGUUCAUGCAUAUCAGUAUUGACAAUUUAACGCUUUUAAAAUAAAUAUCAGAACAGUAAAAGCACAUUCAAUUUAAGUUUACUAAAAGUAAAAUACCUUAUAAGUAGCUAUACCUGUGCGCCCAAAUAUUACAUUUCUUAACAUAACCCAUACAAACUAAGAAUCCUUAAAGAUUUACUGGAAAGCAAAACAAAACUGACUUUAUUAGUAGCCAUAUAAGGCAGAUCUAUAUAAUAACACCAAGUUCGGCGAGUAACCACAUCAGUAGAAGACUUUGACAACACAGAAAAGUCGCAAUAUACACCCAGGUUGCUCAUGUUCGUAGUUCUAUUGUGCAUUUCUUUAGGUCAUGCCCUACCUAUGGGGGAUGUGGAAACCACAGGAGCUUUGGUCGCGGCUUACAGUGAGAAAUCCCAGCAGAACCCCGAGGAACUGGGUAACUACUUCGAAGGUGAUAUAUUGAUCCCAAUGGGCUUCAAGAAUGCCCGCAAUGGCGUAGCUGCGCCGACUUCCCGCUGGCCGGGAGGCGUUGUGCCCUACGAGAUUGAAGGUGACUUUACAACCCACGAAUUGGACAAAUUAAAUAGAGCAUUUAUGGCAUACCACAAAUAUACCUGCGUGCGUUUUAUGCCUAGGAUCGCUGAAAAGGAUUACGUAGCGUUUACAUCGCGAAAGUUGGGAUGUUAUAGCUAUGUCGGACGUUUGGGUGGUCGCCAGGAAUUGAAUCUGCAUUCACCCUUCUGCCUGGUAAAAGUCGGUGUUACGCUCCACGAGAUGAUGCACACUCUGGGCUUCCUUCACGAACAGAACCGUCACGAGCGCAAUUCCUAUGUCCAGGUGAUAAGUGACAACAUUAUCCCAGAGAAUAUGCAAAACUUCGUGGUAUACAAACCCGGCUUACUGUCCGGAUUCGGCGUAAAGUACGACUACAGCAGCGUGAUGCACUACUCGUCCGUAAGCUUCUCCCGGAAUGGCAAGCCCACGCUUGUGGCAUUGCAUGACACUCCCGAGGCCAGGGUAAUGGGUCAACGAGAAGGUUUCAGUGCCGGAGAUUUGCGUAAGAUCAACGCCAUGUACAAAUGCAAGGUUCGAGCUACGAAGAAGAUUCGAAGACCAUGAGAUGUUCACUCAAAAUUCAAUUC